AUGCUAUCGGCAGUGGAGAAGACCGCCAUUCAACUGGGCCUGCACUUCAACGCCCAGAAACGCAAAACCAUGUCGAUCCGCUCAGGCAGACCUACCAUACAAGUUGAGCCUUCCAUUCUGAACAGCCUAUCGAUCCCAAGUCUCGCGAACAUCGAAACCAUACCAUACCUCGGAGCAAGGAUCAGCACCGACUGGACCCUGACAUCAGUUGACCAACUGCAAGACCGCGUUCGGGUGGAAGAAGUCCUUUUCGUUCCAAACUAG